AUGCGGUGGCGCACUGCUCUGCUGAGGCGUGCUCUGCACUGCAGGGUGGCGCACUACUCUGUAGGGGCAUGCACCGCUCUCCUGGGUGGCCUGCGCUGCUCUGCAGGAGCGCGAGCUACUCUGCACGGGGGCGAGCUGCUCUGCUGGGGGGUGCGAGCUGCUCUGCUGGGUGGUGCACACUGCUCUGCUGCGGCGCGCACUGCUCUGCAGGGGCACGCGCUGCUCUGCUGGGGGGUGCGAGCUGCACUGCUGGGUAGCGCGCGCUGCUCUACUGCGGCGCACGAUGCUCUACUGGGGCGCGCGCUGCUCUGCAGGGUGGCAUGCGCUGCUCGGCUGGGGCACGCCCUGCUCUGCUGGGUGUCGCGCGUGCGGAGAUAA